CAAGCUCCGAUAAAUACUUGAUAUUUCUUCACGAGACCUCUCCAAAAUUCUCUCUCUCUCUCUCUCUCUCUCUCUCUUAGGGUUUGCUGGGUUCGGCUUAUGAAGAACAAGACAGCAGCUCUCCCGGGUCUAUGAAACCGAAAUCCGUGCAGUAAUUUGUCUUCUCUAUAUCCCUUCUCUUCCUUCUGUGUCCCAAGAUUUGAAGUGGGUUUCGUUUCACAUAUAUAAUGUUCAAAAUAUAUAAUCCCUGUGUCAGCUCCGUCGUUGUGUGUCAGAAUCUCCGCGCGUUAGGUCCUGGUUUGAAUCCCUUCGCACCCCACUGCAUUGCCAAUCACUCCCUCUCCUCCUCUCGCUAAUUCUGCCCUCACUUUCUUCUUUUUGAUUACCCAAAGGCAUGUAAAAUUCGCGGUCUUCUUGAGUGCGUGGAUAGAUCUUAUCAAGCUAUCAACAUAAGGGUUUCUUGGUCUUUGGUCGCGUACGUUUGCGCCCGUACAUACGUCCAUCUAUAUAUCUAUAUAUCUAUAUAUAUAUAUUGGGUUUCUGAGUGGUGAUUCUUUGUGAGAAGUAUGCCCCAGGAGCAGGCGGUUUCGAUUCGUCGAAGCUUGUCAAGAAGGCGGUCGUUGAGGGCUGGGGUUGAUAGGGAUGAUAGAGGAUGGACUCUGCUCCAUAUUGGUGCCCGCAAGGGUGAUCUCAGGGAGGUGAAGCGACUUCUUGAUGAAGGGAUGGAUGUGAAUGUGUCUGCUUGGGGCCCUAAAUCAAAGGGAGUGACCCCCCUCCAUCUUGCUGCUGAGGGUGGUCACCUUGAAGUUAUGGAUGAAUUGCUAGAGCGUGGUGCUAAUAUUGAUGCUAGAACUAUGGGAGCUUGUGGUUGGACACCACUUCACCGUGCAGCUAAAGAAAGAAGGAAGGAAGCAGUGAAAUUCUUGAUAGAGAAUGGAGCAUUCUUGGCAGAUGACAUCAAUGACAACAGGUUUAAUCCACCACUUCAUUACUGCCCUUGUCUUGAGUGGGCUUAUGAUGAAAUGAAGCGUUUUAAGCAAGAGAACUUAUCAGCUGGUGAGGCUUCCUCCUGCAGCUCAGAAAGCUGAAAUCCCCCUCAUUGCCAUGGCCUCCUCCUGUAGUUUGGUUCGCUUGGUGUUUAUUGUAUAUAUUAAUUAAAUGUAAACGUGGACGUGCAUCACGUAAUCAUGCUACUUUUGGUUUGUUUGGUGUUUCUUGCACAUGUUAAAACAUGGACCGUGUAAUCAGUAUGUUGUGUGUUGUUUGUUGUUGUCACUGUGACGUUUAUGAUGUUAUAAUGACUCAAUUUGUUGUGUUUGUCAAA